AAUAAUAAUAACUACUGUGAAUGAAUUUUAUUUCAACAAUUAUAAUAUAUGGAAAUUGGUAUUUUCCAACUUUACUCUCUUUCUCACUUGAAAUUCUGAGUGUUCAUCAUCAUCAUCAUCAUCUUCUUCUUCCUCUCAAAUCUGACAUUCUUCUUCUUUCUCAGAGUUCAUCACCAUCAUCUCUUUCUCUUUCUCUUGCUGUAUUUGAGUUUUUCAUUCUCUUUCUCUACAAAAAUUUCAAAAAAAAAAAAAAAUUCUGAGAGCAUCAUCAUCAUCUUCUUCCUCUCAAAUCUGACCUUCUUCUUUCUCAGAGUUCAUCACCAUCAUCAUCAUCAUCUCUUUCUCUUUCUCUUGAGUUUUUCAUUCUCUUUCUCUACAAAAAUUUCAACAACAAAAAAUAAAAAAACACUACUCUUUAGUCAAGCAAUCAGUCAAAAACGAAGUCCAUUUUCUUGUCACUUUCUUAAGUCUCAGAGUUCAUCAUCAUCAUCAUCAUCUCUUUCUCUUGCUGCAUUUGAGUUUUUCAUCAUCUUUCUCUACAAUCUUAAGUCUCAGAUCAAAUUUGCCCACUCAUCAAUUACAUCUUCUCAAUCUCAACCAAUACAAGGCAAUUGCUACUAUGGAAAUUGCUAUUUCAAUUGCUGGGAAAAUAGCGGAGUAUACAGUGGCACCCGUUGGUCGACAGUUGGGUUAUCUAUUUCACUACACGAGCAAUGUAGAUAAUCUCAAAACUCAAAUGCAAGAUUUGAAGGAUGCUAGGGAAAGACUGCAACAUCGUGUCGAGGAAGAGAUAAAUAAUUGUCAAGAAAUCGAAAAUGAUGUUCGAAAUUGGCUGAGCAGCGUUGAGCAAAUCUCUGAAAAGGUUGACACAUUUCUUAACCAAGAAGACCAUGCAAAGGUUGCGUGUUUUUCUUGUGGAUCCGUUUUUCAUUUGGUGACGCGACAUCAAUUGAGUAGGAAAGCAAAGAAGGUGGCAAUCGUUGUGCUUGCAAUCUCAGAGAAAAACAAAUUUGGUUCGAUACCGAUUUCUUAUUGUCCUCAGACAGAAAGUUCAUUCCAAAUAACCAAAGGCUACGAGACUUUUGAAUCGAGGAAAGGAAUUCUGAAGGACAUAAUGGUGGCUGUGAGAGAUGCUAACAGGAGCAGGAUAGGAUUGUAUGGAAUGGGUGGAAUUGGCAAAACUAUGCUUGCCAAAGAAAUUGCCAGACGAGCUGAGGAAGAGAAGUUAUUUAGUAAGGUGGUUAUGACGACUAUUUCUCAGACACCUAAUAUAGAAGAGAUUCAGCAAGAGAUUGCCGAAAUGUUAGAUAUCAAAAAGUUUGGUGAAAUAGAGAGCACAAGCAAGAGAGCAUAUCGACUUCGACAGCGAUUAAAGCAAGAAACAAGUAUUAUGUUAAUUCUCGACGAUGUUUGGAAGGAACUCGAUCUAGAAGUUAUUGGAAUCCCUGAUGAGUGCAAAAUGCUACUAACCUCUAGAUCUCUAGAUGUUUUAUGCAGCUCUAUGGAUAUUGUUGAGAGUAAUAAUUUCUCAAUUAAGGCAUUAGACUCGAGGGAAUCCAUAAGUAUGUUUAAGAAAAUAAUUGGAGAAAAAGUUGAAAAGCCAGAUUACAAUGAUUUGGCACAUAAGAUUGUUGGGGAAUGUGCAGGCCUGCCAAUUGCCAUUGCAACAGUGGCACGUGCUUUGAAAUACAAAAAGAACUUGGAACCAUGGGCAGAUGCGUUGCAACGACUACAAAGUUCGAACUUUACAGGGAUUGAUGGAAUGCAUGAUAAAGUUUAUGCAAGUAUUAGGUUAAGCUACGAUUUUCUCGGAAGUCGUGAGGAUGAGGCAAAAUCAUUGUUAUUGCUUUGUGCUUUACAUAAAGAAGAUCAAGAAAUAAUGGUCGAUAACUUGAUAAGAUAUAGUAUGGGUUGGGACUUGCUUCAAGACGUCAAGGAAAUGAAACAAGCAAAAAAUAGGGUGAAUUCAUUGGUGGAUAAAUUAAAAUCUCGUUGUCUGUUACUGGAUGGUGAAAGUAAAAAUUAUGUAAAGAUGCACGAUGUCAUUCGUGAUGUGUGCAUAUCAAUUGCGAAGGAAGAUGAGCAUUGCAUGAAUAACAUUACCAGUGCAAAUGUGGAUGAGGAGUUCAAUAUCCACGAAAGACAUAAAGGAUCUAAAGUAAUUUCCUGUCUUGAAUAUGAUCUUGAUAAGCUUCCUGAAAAAUUGGAAUGUCCUAGGUUAGAGUUACUUCUUCUAUCUGGUAAGCCUUUGAAAUCGAUUUCGGACUACUUUUUUGAACAAACUAGGCAGCUUAAUGUUUUGAGUAUGAGCGGUUCAAACCUAAGAUUAUUGCCAUCGUCUUUUCAUUUGCUUCAAAAUCUCCAAACAUUAUGUCUACGUGGUUCUUCUCUUAGAGACAUAGGUGUGAUUGGUGACUUGAAGAAUUUAAAAGUUCUUGAUCUCUCUUGGUCUGGUUCCAUUAAGCGGUUGCCAAAAGAUAUAAGUGAAUUGCGGCGAUUGCAACUUCUAGAUCUACGAGGAUGCUGGAGUCUAAAAGUUAUCGAGCCGAAUGUCAUUUCUAAUUUGACAAAGAUUGAAGAACUCUACAUGCCACACACAUUUACCGAAUGGGAGACUGAAGAAGGCACAAUGAAAGAAAGAAGAAAUGUCAGUCUUAUUGAGAUAAAGAGUUUGCAACGACUGAAGAUUUUAUGUUUGUCUAUACCAAGUGAAAGUGUUUUGCCAAAGGGAUUGUUUACUGAAAAAUUGGAGAGAUACCGAAUAUCUAUUGGAGGAAAAUACGCCCUUCAUUAUUUUGAAAAUGAAAUUUCAAGGUGGUUGCGCCUAAAUCUCUCUCAAAUAAGUGAAAUAAUUGCAUUUGGACUUGAAUCGUUAAUGAAAAGGUCGGAAUAUUUAUCAUUAGAGAGAUUAAUGGAUGUCAACAAUGUUGCUCCGUGUUUGGAUAAAGAUGGUUUUCCUAGAUUGAAGCAUUUGAUCCUUAUACAAUUAACAAGCUUGGAAAAGAUAUGUCAUGGAAAACUCCCAUUGAGCUCAUUCAAUGAAUUGAGAAAGGUGGAAGUGAGGUUUUGUGGUAAAUUAAAAAUUUUGUUUCCCUUUUCGGUCGCCAAACUACUUCAUGAAAUUAUAGUAGAAAAAUGCGAGAUGAUGGAAGGGAUAGUCAGCCGUGGGGGAGAAAAUGAAGGUGAUGAUGAAGCUGCCCAUGACAUUGACGAGUCUUUGCAAUUACGCUCAUUGUCUCUACAUUCUUUACCAAACAUUGUCCAAUUCUAUUGCUCCAAGUUGAAGACAUCUGGCGAGUCUUCAGUACAUGAUUAUUCAAAGCCUUUAUUUAGUGAAACGGUUUCUUUAUCGAACUUGGAGGAAUUGACUAUGUCGAGAAUGAAUAUAGAAAGGAUAUGGCCAGACCAACCUCUAUCAAGUUUUGACCUACAAAACUUAACAAGCUUGACAGUAGAAAAUUGCAACAAAAUAAAAUAUUUAUUUUGUUUUGCAAUGGCUGAAAGGUUUGUAAACUUGAAGAAGCUGAAGGUACAUGAUUGUGUGGCUAUGAAAAACAUUCUCAAAAGUAGGAAACUACAAGAAGAAAGAAGUUCGUUAGAGAAUAAAAGCUUGUUCACUAACUUAGAAAUUCUUAGGCUCUCCAAACUUCGAGUUUUUGAAACAUUUUGUUCAGAAGAUUCAUGCAUCAAAGAAGUGUCACUGGAUAACGAUGAAGAGAAGAUUGUACCAAAACAACACCUCUUCAAUGGAAUGAUUGCAUUUCCCAACUUAAAAGAGUUGAGUGUUUCGAAUUGUAACAAUUUGAAGUAUCUCUUAUCAACAGUCAUGGCUCGAAGUUUUGUACAACUCAAGAAAUUAAAAGUAUCUGAUUGCAAUAACAUAGAAGAGGUAAUAGUCAGUGAUGAUGAAUCAUUAGGUGGAAGCAAAGAAAUAAUAUUUGAAAAACUAGAAUUUCUUCGGCUUCAGACUCUUCCAAACGUUAUAAAGUUUUGUGAUGGAGAUUGUAUAAAAUGUCCAUUGUUGUCUGAACUGCUUAUACAAAAAUGUCCUAAACUAAAGGAAUUUAUAAGUAAUUAUAUGGCUACAAAGGCAUGUACUACCAGUGAAGAAAUGGGCAUGAUGGUGGCGGCUAAACAAAAUGUCUUCAAAGAUAAGGUAAUUUUCCCCAACCUAAAGGAAUUGACAACUGAUUGGAGUGAAGCAGUAAAUGAGACAUUUGAGAUCAAUAGUAGUCAAUCUUCUUCAACAAUCUCCACGUUUCCCAACCUUUCUGAACUUAACAUGCAGAUGACAUCUCGUGAUAAACCAAUUGCUCUAUCAGAUGUCAAGUUAUUCCUUCACAAAUAUCACAAUAUUCAUACUCUUCGAUUGGGAGGCUCUUUUGUGGAUGGACAUGAACAACAACAACCUGGUGAGGCUUAUGAAUUGAUCAACACUGCUACGUGUUUGAAGACACUAAUUAUUAGGGGUGCUGAUAUGUUGAAUCAUGUGUUUGGAGACCCAGAAUAUGCUCAACCAUCACAUACUAUUCUCUUUCAAAAUUUGAAAUAUCUCACUAUAGUCAAAUGUAGCCGAUUACAGAGCCUUGCACCAUCGUUUAUGUCUUUCCACAAAUUGAAAUAUCUGACAGUAAGAGAAUGUCAUGGGCUGACGUACUUAUUCUCUUAUUCAACAGCAACCACCCUGGUACAAUUGAAACAAAUGGUCAUACAAAAUUGCAGAAGAAUGAGAGAGGUUAUUAGUACAAAUUAUUAUAAUUAUGAUGAGGAAGGCCAAACAGAAGCAGAAAGCGAACACCAUCACUUUGUUUUCCAUAAAUUGGAGACAUUAAGGCUUAAGAAUUUACCCAAUCUCAAAAGCUUCUACUCAGGCAAUAAAGUUAUGAAUUUCCCAAAUUUGGAAGAAUUAUCUGUGAGGGGAUGCCUUGAUAUGAUGAGUUUCUCACAUGGAAUUAUAAGUACCUCGACAUAUUUCAACACAAUCAAGAUUAUUGAUGGUAUUGAAAGUUGGGAGGGAGAUGUGAACACCACUGUAACAAAACUUUGGGAGGACAAUUCCUAUUUGGGAUUACGACGUUUAUUCUCUCAUGAAACGGAUGGUGAUGAUGAUGAUCAACACUGCCAAGGAAAUGCAUGAAGCUCAAGCAUGGAUGCAUUGGCCUGAUUUUGUUGAACAAGAAGAUCAGCCAUAUUUUAUAUAUGGAUUGAGUUAAGAUGCAUAUAUAUGUGUCUCUUAUAGCUCAAUUAUUAAUAAUUACAAGGAAGGGAGUGAACCCAGUUUCUAUCUUCUUUUCAAGAAGGUAAUUGCAGCUUCUGAUCUGUUAUUAUAUGUCUUGCUUAUAAGUUUUGUAACUCAAUCAAUUAAUAUAUAUCAAAUGAAGGGAGGCUCUAUAAAUAUAUAUAUGUAUAUACACUUAAUAGUUUGGAUAUCUUGUGAGUUGUGAUGUUGUAUUUAACUUAUGUGGUUUUUGGUUGGUGUAAUUUUGUCUUAGUUACCAAUACUUACCAGUGAAAAUUUAGAUUUUGUGUAACUAUACACAAUCACAAGUAAACCAAUAAGUCUACAUUAUUAGACUAAUGCGGUUACUUAAUUGAUCUCUUUUUCUUUC